AUGUCUCAUCGACAAAAUAUUUAUCUUGGUUUGGCUCUUUCUGUCGGUGUUUGUAGUAGCAUAGCUUUAUUACUUUAUAUACGUCAUCGACGAAAACUAUAUUCAUCUCGUCGUGAUCAACAAUAUACCGAUAUAAAUUCUUCAUCCGACAAUAACGAUGUUGAUUCCAAAUCAAUUAGAUUUCAAAGUGAUGGUGCCACGAUUGCAGUCGAUAUUCCGGGUGGCUGUAUUCCACUAACAGCCGAACAGGCUUUUGUGCUAACUCAAUUUCUUGAUACAACCAAUAAUGACACUGAACGUUUACAUCGCAUUUUAACAAACAUCGCAAAUUCAGCAACAUUUACAGAAAGUCAAGUCAAUUUAGCAAAUGCUGGUUGCAUCGGUCGUCUCCGAGAUAUUCUUUCAGCAACCAAUAAUGAAACAACGAAAAAUAAAAUUCUUCUAGCGAUGAAUAAUCUGGCUUUAAAUGAUUAUACGAUAACUUUUUUCUCGGAUAUCGUUACGAUUGUAAUUAAUCUAUGUCGUACAGCACCAUUGAAUUCGCUUUUACGCCUUAAUGGAUUAAAUCUAUUGAUCAAUAUGUCUGUUCUUGAAUAUCUUCAUGAUGAAUUCAUGAAAAAUAUUGAUGAUUUGGAUUUAAUAGUUAAAUCAGCAUUUGAAAAUAGCGAUGAAACAUUGUCUGUUGGAAAAAUUCUUGUUAAUUUAUCUACAAAUAAAACAAAUCUAGAAUAUUUAUUAAAAUUAAAAAGUAUUGAUUUGAAAACAAUUGUAAUAUUAUGUACACCAACUAAAUCAUCAAUGAAAAAUGAAGAAUCAUCAAAACUUGAAGAUAUUCUUCUUCGUUAUAUUACUUUUUACUGUAAUUUAGCUGACACUAUUGUUAAUGAACUUCAAGCAAGAACUGCUAAUUCGAUUAGUAGUGCAUCAUGGCUAAUGAAUCCGAAACCAUUUCCACAAGGCACGCUCUAUUUCGAAUUAUUUGAUCAUGAUAAACAAAUGUUAUCGAAAUCAAUACUUCGCUCUCAAUAUUCGUUAAAUACAAUCAAUACUCAAAUAAAACGUCUUCGUCAUGGCAUGGAUACAAUCCGUCAAAUUCAAUUUGACUCAUCGGUGCUAUCUGUUCACGAUGAAUUCAAUGACGAUGAUACUGAAACGAGAAUCAACGAUUUUUCAACACCGAAAAAAUUUCCUGAAGAAACAUCAACAGUUUUCGUUGGUGAUAGUAAUUUCGAUCAAUCUUAUCAGGAUAUAUCAAAAGAAAUCAAUGAUGAAUUUGAAGAUGAUGAUACGAUUCUUGCUUCUGGUCCAUCAAUAAGUAGUUUUUGCUCGGCUAACUCAACCAAUGCAACCAAUAAUUUCGCUAGUCCCGAUAAAUCAAUUUCAAAUUAA